GUUUGUUUCCCUUGGAUAUUUCCUCCAAAUGUCAUUUCUCUGUCUGAGAAGUGCAUAUGCUAAAUUACUGUAGUGAGAGAGGGGCAGAAGAAUGAGCUCCUCCAAUCAAAUCACUCUCCUGCUGUGGAAGAACUGGACUCUCAGGAAGAGACAAAAGCUUCGCUUCCUGGUGGAACUUGUUUGGCCUCUCUCUCUUUUCCUUGUUUUGGUUUGGCUGCGGAAAUCAAAUCCUCUCUACCAGCAACAUGAAUGCCAUUUUCCCAAUAAAGCAAUGCCCUCUGCGGGAAUGUUACCAUGGUUACAGGGAAUUUUCUGUAAUCUCAACAACCCCUGCUUCCAGUACCCUACUGAUGGAGAAUCUCCUGGUGUGGUUUCAAACUACAGAAAUUCCAUACUUGCACGUAUAUAUGCGGAUGCUCAGGAGCUGCUGUUUAAUAAACCUGAAAUUCAUAAGCUGCGCAUAAUCUGGGAUGACAUUGGCUUUCUAUCUGACUUCAUGGAUAUACUCAGAACCAAUCCCAGGAGAGUUGCAGGGACAGGUAUUCGUAUCAAAGACAUUCUGAAGGAAGAUGAAACCCUGACCUCAUUUCUACUCAAAGAAAUUGAGCUUUCAGACUCUGUUGUGCAUCAGUUGAUCAAUGCCCAAGUGCGACCUGAGCAGUUUGCUUAUGGAGUCCCAGAUCUAUCCCUUAAGGACAUAGCCUGUAGCCAGUUCCUCCUUGACCGCUUCAUCAUCUUCUCCAGUUGGCGAGGGCUGCGUACGGUCCUGAACGGAAUGUGUGUCCUCUCCGAGCAACGGCUCCAGAGAGUAGAGGAUGCACUUUAUGCAAACGUGGAUUUCUUUAAGCUCUUUCAAGUGCUUCCGAAAGUGCUGAACAGGCAUGCAAAAGGAAUAGAUGUGCACUUUUGGAUAAGGAUUUUAAAUGAUGCGUCAUCCGUCCUGGAAGAGUUCACUGCACAGGACAGUGUUCGGGAUUUACAGCAGGUUGUUUACCCAUUGUUUACUGAAGGCGGUCCUGCGUCAUUCAGUCAGCUGAUGGACCUGUUAUCGAGUCUAAUCUGUGGCUAUCCUGAGAAAGGAGGAUCCAGGGUUUUCUCUUUUAAUUGGUAUGAAGAUAAUAACUACAAGGCUUUCCUGGGAAUUAAUAACACAAAGAAAGAGUCUAAGUAUACGUAUGAUUAUGCAACAACUCCCUUCUGUAACGCACUUAAUCAAAACAUGGAGUCCAACCCUGCAACCAAGAUAGUCUGGAACGUUUUGAAGCCGUUACUAAUGGGCAAGGUUCUGUUCUCUCCAGAUUCUCCUGCAACACGACAGCUGAUGAAAAAUGCUAACGUCACUUUUGAGGAACUGCACAGACUGAAACAAGUUGGAAAGGUGUGGGGGGAGGUGAAGACUCAGCUUUGGAACUUCUUCCAAAACAGCGUGCAAAUGAACAUAAUACGAGAUUCAAUAAAAAACCCCACAGUGUCAUAUUUCAUAAACAGGCAACUGGAAGACAUGGACAUGACAGCCAAUGACAUCAUAAACUUCCUAAACAACAGACCAUUCAGUGAUAGCACAGACGGAGCGCCAAUCUUCACCUGGCAGAAUAUUUAUAAUGUAACCGAUCAGAUCCUCACCACUUUCAAUAACUAUAUGGAGUGUUUAAACUUGGAUAAAUUCGAAGGCCACUUGGAUGAAGGGCACCUCACCCACAGGGCACUUUAUCUUCUGGAGGAAAACAAGUUUUGGGCAGGGAUAGUGUUCCCAGACUUGCAUCCGUGGUCAAACGAGCUUCCGACUCAUGUCAAGUAUAAAAUCCGAAUGGACAUUGAUGCGGUGGAGCGAACAAAUAAAAUAAAAGACAGGUACUGGGACCCAGGACCCAGAGCUGACCCGAUCGAGGAUUUGCGUUAUAUCUGGGGAGGUUUUGCUUACUUACAAGACAUGAUUGAACAUGGAAUUAUCAGGACCCAUACCAGCACCGAGGUCCCAUCAGGAAUCUAUGUCCAGCAAAUGCCAUAUCCCUGCUUUGUUGAUGACAUCUUCAUGCUAGCGCUAACCCGUUGCUUCCCGAUGUUCACGGUGCUCUCCUGGAUCUACUCCGUCUCCAUGACUGUGAAGAGUAUUGUUCUUGAAAAGGAGAUGAGGCUGAAAGAGACCCUGAGAAUCAUGGGAGUCACCAGCUGGGUGCAUUGGGUCACAUGGUUCAUCGACAGCUUCCUCAUGAUGGCAACCAGUACAGUGCUGGUGACCGUGGUGAUCAUGAGAGGAAAUGUGCUGCACUACAGCAACCCCUUCCUCCUCUUUGUCUUUCUCCUGGUCUUUACCAUAGCCACCAUUAUGCAGUGCUUCCUGCUGAGUGUGUUCUUCUCCAAGGCAAACGUGGCUGCUGCUUGCAGUGGGAUCAUUUACUUCAGCCUCUACCUGCCUCACAUUCUCUGCUAUGCUUGGCAGGACAGGAUGACCAGAAAUAUGAAGUUGACAGUGAGUCUGUUGUCUCCAGUGGCCUUUGGGUUUGGAUCGGAGUAUCUAUCCCGCUACGAGGAACAGGGCAUUGGUUUACAUUUGGGCAAUAUCCACGCCAGUCCUGUUGAAGGGGACGAGUAUAGUAUGCUGCUCUCCAUCGCAAUGAUGCUGUUCGACGCUUUUCUGUAUGGAAUUCUCGCCUGGUACCUUGAUGCCGUGUUUCCAGGUCAGUAUGGAGUACCAGCACCCUGGUAUUUUCCACUCCAGAUUUCUUACUGGGCUGGUGCUGAAAAGCCCCAAGCUGCAACAGAAGACAAAAAUGAACUGAGAGGAGCUGUGAAAGAGCCCGAGAAGGUGGAGACACCUGCGGAGGCAAAGGAAGAGAAACCAGCAGAGAACACGGCAGAGCAAACAGAGCAAGCGCCAGACAACCCCGGGGAUGGCGACAAGCCGAAGGAAAGCAAGAAGAUUUGCAAACUAAAGGAAAAAGAGGUGAAGGAGCAGCUUGAGAAGGAGAGGCAGGAGAAGGAGAGACUUGAGAAGCAAAAGCAGGAAAUGGAAAGGCGAGAGAAGGAAAAGCAGGAGAUGGAAAGGCUGGAAAAAGAAAAGCAGGAGAAGGAGAAGGAGAAGGAAAAGGAAAAAAUCAACCCCGUGACAGCAGCAAUGGCAGGAAACCCUCUCUAUGAGCUGGAGCCUUCCAGUCUGACUCUGGGAGUGUCCAUUCAGAACCUGGUGAAGACUUUCGGUGAAGGACAGAAGCCUGCCGUAGAUGGGCUGAGCAUUAACUUCUUUGAAGGGCAGAUCACUUCCUUUCUGGGUCACAACGGAGCUGGAAAAACCACCACAAUGUCAAUGCUGAUUGGGUUAUUUCCACCCACAUCUGGUACGGCAUUUAUUAACGGCAAGGACAUCCGCACAGAAAUUGAAGCUAUCCGACAGGACAUCGGUGUAUGCCCCCAGCACAACAUCUUGUUCAAUAAUCUAACGGUGGCAGAGCACAUCUUAUUUUACACUCAGCUCAAAGGCCACGCAGCUGAAGAAGCAGAAAAACAGACAGAAGUAAUGCUGGAUGAAAUUGGAUUGAUUCAUAAAAGAGACGAGUUGGCUCAAAAUUUAUCAGGUGGAAUGCAGAGGAAAUUGUCAGUAGCCUUAGCGUUCAUUGGGGGAGCUAAGGUGAUCAUUCUGGAUGAGCCAACAUCUGGAGUAGAUCCAUAUUCCAGACGAUCUAUCUGGGAUCUCCUACUUAAAUAUCGUUCAGGUAGAACGAUCAUCCUCUCCACACACCACAUGGACGAAGCUGACCUCCUCGGCGACCGAAUCGCCAUCGUCUCCAGGGGGAAGCUGCAGUGCUGUGGCUCCUCGUUAUUCCUGAAGAACAGCUUUGGCUCUGGCUUCCACCUCACCCUGGUCCGCAGCAUGAAGAAAGUGAAGCGGCGGAGGCAAGACGCAGCGCCGACCUGUACCUGUGAACCGGGCUGCAGCUGUUCCUGCUCCAAUUGUUUCCCCAUUGACGAGACUCUCCCAGAAGAGGAACCUGAUGGUGACGUAGACACAUUAACAAAGCUCAUCCAGCACCAUGUCCCUGAGGCCCAGCUGAUAGAGAACGUUGGUCAAGAGCUGUACUACCUGCUGCCAAGUAAAGACAUCAAACAUCGUGCUUACGCUAGCCUGUUCCGUGAAAUUGAGGAGACACUGCAAGAUUUAGGCCUCAGCAGCUUUGGAGUAUCAGAUACCUCGCUGGAGGAGAUAUUCCUGAAGGCUACGGAAGAUGCUGCUCUCAAAGCAGGCUGUGUGAACCCAAAAAAAUCAAAUGCAGGCGUUGAAGAGGAGCAGAAAGCAACAGUUGUCAAUAUUGAAGCGAAGGACGCAGCCAAGGGGCAGUCCCAGAACAGCCAAGCUGUGGAGAACACCCGGAACGCUGCAUCCACUUCCGAGGUGAACGCAAGCGGGCAGCCGGCAGCGGAGAGCUUGGAUCCAGCCCCCGCCGAGGAGCCGUCCGACCCCACCGGCCAGCCGCCAGCACCAGGGAGAGAUGGCAAGGGCUCCAGGCAAAUCAAAGGCACAGACCUUCUAAAGCAGCAGUUCAAGGCAUUGUUCAUCAAAAGGUUGAACCAUGCUACCCGCAGUCAGAAGGAUUUCGUGGCACAGUUUCUCCUUCCUGCCAGCUUUGUGCUUUUGGCUCUUUUCUUCUCUCUUAUAAUCCCUCCAUUUGGAGAGUAUAAAAGUUUAACGAUCCAUCCAUGGAUGUACGGUAAACAAUACACCUUCUUCAGCAAUGAACGCCCAUCUGAUAAGAAGCUGAGCCAGAUGACAGACGUCCUGGUGAACAAGCCUGGAUUUGGGACUCGGUGUAUGAAGGACAACCCCAUCGAGGGCUACACCUGCAGUAACCACUCCAGCAACUGGGAAACCCCGCGAGCUGACCACACAGUUGUCAACCUGCUGAAAUCCCCCUUUUAUUCUGAAAACAACCCUUCGCCGCCAUGCCAGUGCAGCACGAGAAACCGGCUCAUCAUGCUUCCCGACUGCCCCCCAGCGGCUGGAGGCCUUCCUCCACCACAGAGGGUCCAGAGCUCGACAGACAUUCUGCAGAAUCUCACUCAAAGGAACAUAUCGGAUUUCCUGGUUAAAACAUACCCCAAAUUGAUAAAGAGCAGCAUGCAGAGCAAGUACUGGGUGAACGAACGCAGGUAUGGCGGGAUCUCCAUCGGAGGAAAACUUCCAGGUCUACCCGUCAACCAUAAACAGAUAAGCAGCUUUUUCACCCAGCUGGGCCGCCUGCUGAAUAUCACUGGGGGCAAUACUACACAGAUGGUGUAUAGUAAUCUGAAUGAUUUCCUUAAGUAUUUGGAGACUGAAGAAAAUAUCAAGGUGUGGUUCAGUAACAAAGGUUGGCACGCCAUGGUUGCCUUCACGAAUGUGGCCAACAAUGCAAUUCUCCGGGUGAACCUUCCCAAACAACAUCACGCAGAGGACUAUGGCAUUACCGUCAUCAAUCAUCCGCUCAACCUCACAAAGGAGCAACUUUCAGAGGUGACAGUCCUUACUACUUCAGUGGAUGCAGUGAUUGCAAUCAGCGUGGUCUUCGCCAUGUCAUUUGUCCCAGCCAGCUUUGCGAUCUACCUGAUACAGGAGAGGGUUUCGAAUGCGAAGCACCUGCAGUUUGUCAGUGGAAUGAGCUCAGCCACCUACUGGGUGUCCAACUUCGUCUGGGACAUGUGUAACUACUCAGUGACUACAAUAAUGGUAAUCCUGAUCUUCAUUGGCUUCAGGAAGAAAGCCUACACCUCUUCACAAAACCUGCCUGCAUUUGUAGCUCUGUUACUGCUCUAUGGGUGGGCGGUGACCCCCAUGACGUACCCAGCAUCGUUUGUGUUCAGCGUUCCCAGCACUGCCUACGUGGCUCUGUCCUGCAUCAAUCUCUUCAUCGGCAUCAAUGGCAGUGCUGUCACUUUUAUUCUCGACUUGUUUGAAAAUAGCAGGGGUCUCCAAAUGUUCAAUUCAAUGUUAAAAAAUGUUCUGCUAGUAUUUCCACACUUCUGUUUGGGAAGAGGUUUAAUCGACAUGGCUAUGAAUCAGGCAGUGACUGAGGUAUACGCAAGGUUUGGUGAAGAUUUUUAUUUUAACCCAUUCCACUGGGAGUUCAUCGGCAAGAACCUUACAGCUAUGGCGAUCGAGGGAGUCGUGUACUUCGCUCUGAACCUCCUCUUCCAACACCACUUUUUCCUCAGCCACUUGCCAAUAACUCUCAGCAACUUGCCUGCCAUUGAAGAAGAUGAUGAUGUGGCGAAGGAGCGUGAAAGGAUUCAGACCAAAGUCAAGUAUGACAUACUGAAAAUAAAGGAACUGAGCAAGUAUUACGCAGGGAAAUCCCAACCGGCUGUUGAUAGGAUCAGUGUAGGUGUUCGUCCCGGAGAGUGCUUUGGGCUCCUGGGUGUCAAUGGUGCUGGAAAAACAACCACCUUCAAAGUACUGACCGGUGACAUACAUCCCACAUCGGGUGAUGCUUCGAUAGCAGGCUACAGUAUUCUCACCCACAUUGAAGACGUUCACCAGAACAUGGGAUAUUGCCCUCAGUGUGAUGCAAUCGACGACCUCCUCACAGGCCGCGAACAUCUCUUGCUCUACGCUCGCCUGCGCGGUGUUCCGGAAGAUGAGAUCGACCAGGUAGCCAACUGGGCAAUUGAGAAACUGGAUCUCACCGAGUAUGCGGAUCAGACAGCUGGGACAUACAGCGGAGGCAACAAACGCAAACUCUCCACGGCCAUUGCCCUCAUCGGCUGCCCUCCGGUGGUACUGCUGGACGAGCCAACUACUGGGAUGGAUCCAAAGACUCGACGAUUCCUCUGGAACUGUCUCCUUGACAUUAUCCGAGAAGGAAGAGCUGUGGUGUUGACCUCACACAGCAUGGAAGAAUGUGAAGCACUCUGCACGCGAUUAGCCAUCAUGGUGAACGGCCAGUUCAAGUGUCUUGGCACCAUACAGCACCUGAAGUAUAAGUUUGGAGACGGUUACGUGGUGACGCUGAAGAUUAAAAGUAGUACUCCCGGAGCUUCACCUGACCUGAAUGCCGUAGAAACUUUUAUCAAGAGCAACUUUCCCGACAGUCUGCAAAUAGAGAAGCAUCACAACACCAUCCAGUACCAGCUGUCUUCAUCAUCAUUAGCCAAAAUCUUCCAGUUACUGAUGUCCAACAAGGAGCAGCUGAGAAUAGAUGAAUAUUCAGUCUCCCAAACAACUUUAGACCAGGUGUUUGUGAACUUUGCCAAACAGCAGACAGCCGAGGAAGAAAGUCUGGCUCUCCAUCCACGUGCAGCUGGGGCCAGGCGGGAGGUGAAAGUAACACCGGCUCCGGUUGAAACCUCUCCCAGCUCUGAUUCCACCCAGAGGAACCUGGAGAAGAAGUCUUGAGGAAGUGCCAAGGCUGCCACGGUGAUCAGAUCGCACUGUGUGGACUGAAUCGCAAAGGUUCUGACUCUGAUACCUCUCCACUGGUGGUCUCAGUAAGAGAGACCCCAACACGUGAGGACUCUACAUUAUCAAUGUGGCGGCAACUACCAGGAGCUGCAAAACUUGGAUGCCAAGUUUUGUGACUUGCUGAAUAGUGAGCUACCAACCUCAGUAUCUUGUACCUCUAAUCCCAAAGGAAGGUCCACCUCCGGCUAAGUACAAUUGCUAUAAAUUACACAUGGCUAUUGCAGUGUCACGGUCAGAUCACACACUCUGGCCACUUCUUUAGGCACAGGAUGUACCUAUGAAGUGGCCACUGAGUGUAUGCUCAUGGUCUUUCACUGCUGUAGCCCGUCCACUUCAAGGUUCGACAUGCUGUGCAUUCAGAGAUGCUCUUCUGCACACCACUGUUGUAAUGCGUGGUUACUUGAGUUACUGUCACCUUCCAGUCAGCUUGAACCAGUCUGGCCAUUCUCCUCUGACCUCUCUCAUUAAAAAGGCAUUUUCACCCACAGAUGUUUAGAAACAUAGAAAACCUACAGCACAAUACAGGCCCUUCGGCCCACAAUGCUGUGCUGAACAUGUGCUUACCUUAGAAAUUACCUAGGGUUACCCAUAGGCCUCUAUUUUUCUAAGCUCCAUGUACCUCUCCAGGAGUCUCUUAAAAGACCCUAUUGCAUCCACCUCCACCACCAUCACCAGCAACCCAUUCCACGCACUCACCACUCUCUGCAUAACAACUUACCCCUGACAUCCCCUCUGUACCUACUUCCAAGCACCUUAAAACUGUGCCCUCUCAUGUUAGCCAUAACACAUGUUAGCCAGUGUUUUUUUGUUUUUUGCACUAUUCUUUGUAAACUCUGGAGAUUGUAGUGCAUAAAAAUCCCAGGAGGUCAGCAGUUUCUGAGAUACUCAAACCACCCUGUCUGGCACCACAACCAUUCCAUGCUCAAAGUCGCUUAGACCACAUUUCUUCCUCAUUCUGAUGUUUAGUCUGAACAAUAACUGAACCCCUUGAUCAUACCUGUAUACUUUAAUGCGUUGAGUUGCUGCUCCAUGAUUGGCUGAUUAGACAGUUGCGUUAACAAGCAGGUGUACAGAUGUACCUAUUACAGGGGCCACCUAGUGUGGAGCCUGUGCACCUAAACGUAUUAAAAGCCUGUUAACGACAUUACGUUAUUCAGUAUUGUUAAAAGUGGAAAUUUAAUAUCUAAUACUUUAAGAUAGGCUUAACAUACUGUCAGACUGAACGUAAAUAAAAAUAACUUGGGGGGGGGGGUUAGGUUUCCUCUGCACAUUACAUUAAGAAUCCCUCCCAAAACAAAAAAAACACAAAUGCUGGGAAACUGAAACUCAAACAGAAAAUUUUGGGUAUCUGAAAUGCUAUCACUAUUUCUCCCUCAAUAGAUGCUACAACCGCCCUGCUAAGUACUUUCUGUUCUCAUUUAUAAUCUUUGUAUUGGCGGUGGGGUGGAGAUUCGUCUCUUCCAAAGGAGGUGUAAGGCGCUCCUUCCCUCCACUAGCCUGUAGGUCACCCUUGGGCAAGCUGUAGCACCUGCUUAGCCCCCAGUCCAGGUCACAUAAAGCCAUGGGAGCAGAUGGUGAAUGGUCAUAUCAGGAGCUGGGGCCUUUCACAAGUCCUGGUUAUGCCACCACUGACACCAGGCGGACAACGUUUGAAGAGGACUGAUAAUGGCUGAGGUCACCCAUCUUGUAAAGACACUGCCCAGAAGACGGCAAUGGCAAACCACUUCCGUCGAAAAAUUUGCCACGAACAAUCAUGGUCAUGGAAAGGCCAUGAUUGCCCUUGUCAUACAACACAGCACACAACGGACGAAUGAACGAUUGGCUGCCAUUUCCUAUGUUUCAACACACUAUAUUGGUUGUAAAAAGGGGCAUAAAAGACACCAUAGAAGUGCAAAUCUAUUUCUUUUAUAUUAAAAACAGGUUUAUGACUAUGUUACAGCCAUGAUAGGUAAAUUCUUCCUCCACAGUCCUACCUUGAUAGGUUUCUCAGAAUUAAAGCCUGUUCCCAUAAUUAGUGGUGCCACAAAGGACAUGUGUAUCUAUGGGAGUGUUUGUCCGCAGGAUUCUGCACUGUAAGACCCUGACUGACAGGGGCCUAACCUCAGUCCAAUAAAUCUUUUGAAGCUAGUGAAACUCUAAAGAUCAUACUCUCUACUAAAAUGUGAUUUGUUAUUUUUUAGGUUUUUAGUGAUAAUUAGAAUGAGUCAAAAUAUAGUAGAUCUGACACCAUAAAAUUACAAAUAAA